AUGCUCUGGUACUGGAACGUGAAUGGUGGAGGGCCAAGAGGUGAGACACCGGCUAAUUUUGACGAUUUCCGCCCAUUCGGCAAAUUUUUGAAACCAACUAUGAAGCAGUUUGGUCAGGUGGAACAAGUGUGUGGCGUUAUAGUGAACAGGGACGUUUACUCAGUGAACAAAUCAAAACACAGCCUUGCUGAUCCGAAGGAAAAGCGUACAGAUGAAGUGAAUGCCGGGAAUCUUUGGCAGGACACUAACUUACUUCUGACGACUGCCUGA